GCAUAAUAAGACUCCAAUGAAGUCUCUUUCUUUUCUCUAACCAAACUGCAGAUUACAGUUCAGCAUUUUAUCAAACACUUAAUCUGCAUAACCCAUUUGUGUCUCUCAUUUGUUCCUUAUUCUCGGUUUGGAUCGCCGGUUUCCGGCAUGGAAACUCCGGCUCCGGCAUCUAACGAAACCCACCUCCUACAAAUCGAAUUUUCUUCUUUAAAUUCGACACAAUGAUGAUAAACUCAAACACAUAGCUAAGUGUUAACAAGCUCAGCAAAUUAGCAUAGACCUAAAAAAGCUCCUAAUUUUUAGCUUUUUUUUCCUGUUGAAAUGUCUGACGUCAAUGUUAACCCAGUUGACCCGUUGUGUUCGGGCGAAGAAAUGGCUGUAAAAGCUGUGAAUAAGCGAUAUGAAGGGCUAGUUGCUGUCCGUACAAAAGCUAUAAAAGGGAAAGGAGCAUGGUACUGGACUCAUCUUGAGCCAAUUUUGAUUCAAAAUCCGGAAACAAAUCUGCCUAAAGCAGUGAAACUUAAGUGCACUUUGUGUGAUGCUUCUUUUUCUGCUUCAAAUCCAUCUCGUACUGCUACAGAGCAUCUAAAGAGAGGUACUUGUCCCAAUUUUGGCUCCCCUUUGAGGCCAAUUUCACAAUUACCCCCUUUAGCUUCACCUUCUUCACAGAAUCAUCGCAAAAGAAGUUCGCCAGUACAAACUGGUACUUCUUCAAGUUCACAACAAUUUGGAUUCUUGGGUGAAAUGGGGUAUGCACCUGUCCAGACUGCAACCCAAGCAAUUGUUACACAUCAGCAACAUUUGGUGUUGUCAGGUGGCAAAGAUGAUUUGGAUGCUUUAGCAAUGUUGGAAGAUAGUGUAAAGAAGCUUAAAAGUAUGAAAGGUUCACCUGGUCCAGCUUUGAGUAAGGACCAGGUUGAUUCAGCUUUCAGUUUGUUGGCUGAUUGGUUUUAUGAAUCUUGUGGGACAGUGACACUUUCAAGCCUUGAACAUCCUAAAUUCAAAGCUUUUCUAAACCAAGUAGGGUUGCCCGCAGUUUCGAGGAAGGAUUUUGUAGGAGAAAAGCUUGAUUCUAAGUUUGAAGAAGCAAGAGUGGAGUCGGAAGCCAGAAUUCGCGAUGCAGCAUUUUUUCAGGUCUCGUCGAACGGAUGGGGGAGGGAUAUUUGUAACUAUGGGGAAGAUAGUGUGAUUAAAUUUAUUGUAAAUCUGCCUAAUGGUACUAAUGUAUUUCAUAAGGCGGUUUAUAAGGGCGGUUUGGUGCCAUCGGAGUAUGCAGAGGAAGUUUUACGCGAUACUAUUAAGGGGUUGUGUGGUAAUGUUGUUCAAAGGUGUGUAGGAAUAGUUUCAGACAAGUAUAAAGGUAAGGCGUUGAGGAAUUUGGAGAUUCAAAAUCAUUGGAUGGUUAAUCUUUCUUGCCAACUUCAUGGAUUUAUUAGUUUGUUGAAAGACUUUAGUAGAGAGCUUCCGCUUUUUAAAACUGUUACUGAUAAUUGUUUCAAGAUUGCCAAUCUUUUCAAUAGCAAGUCCCAGAUCAGAAAUCAUUUUAGGAAAUUCAGGCAACAUGGUGUUGAGCUUGCAGGGUUGAUUAGAGUUCCUUCAGCAGACUGCAAUCUCUCUAAGAACUAUGGUCCUGUUAUUGCAAUGCUGGAGGAUAUACUAAGUUAUGCUCGAAUAUUGCAGUUAAUAGUGCUGGAUGAUUCGUAUAAGGUCUCAUGCAUAGAGGAUCCUGUUGCUAAAGAAGUUGCUGAAAUGAUACAGGAUGUUGGGUUUUGGAAUGAUGUGGAGGCUGUUCAUUCACUAGUGAAACUGAUCAAGGAGAUGACUGAUGAUAUUGAGGCCGAGAGACCGUUAGUUGGUCAGUGUCUUCUUCUUUGGGAGGAGUUGAGAGCUAAAGCAAAGGACUGGUGUGCCAAAUUUAGCAUUGCUGAGGGACCUAUUGAGAAGAUAAUUGAUUCGCGCUUCAAGAGAAACUAUCACCCUGCAUGGUCAGCUGCAUUUGUACUUGAUCCAUUGUACUUAGUGAGGGAUGCAAGUGGGAAGUACCUUCCACCAUUUAAACGUCUGACACAUGAUCAAGAGAAAGACAUAGACAAGCUUAUAACGCAGCUAGUACCGCGGGAGGAAGCUCCCAUUGCACUAAUGGAGCUUAUGAAAUGGAGAUCAGAAGGGCUCGACCCACUGUAUGCUCAGGCUGUUCAAGUGAAGCAGAGAGAUCCGGUAACGGGACGAAUGAAAAUUGCAAAUCCUCAGAGUAGCAGGCUUGUUUGGGAAACUUGCCUGAAAGAGUUCAAGUCGCUGGGAAAGGUCGCUGUUAGGCUUCUCUUCCUUCAGGCAACCUCAUGUGGAUUUAAAUGUAAUUGGUCCUUUAUGAGAUGGGUUUCUCUGCAAGGCCACUCAAGGGUUGGCAUGGAUAGAGCUCAAAGGAUGAUCUUCAUUGCAGCUCAUGCAAAACUUGAGAAACGGGAUUUUUCCAGUGAUGAGGAGAAGGAUGCUGAGAUGCUUACUACAGCAAAUGGUGAGGAUGACAUGUUCAAUGAAGUCUUUGUAGAUGCAUCCUCGGUUUAAUUUAUUUUCUUCAUAUCUCUUACCAUUUGUAGAAUAUUGAUAUUUAGGGUGUAAAUUCUUUAAUUUCUCUUUCUCUUCAAUUGUUACUUCUAAUAGAUGGUUUUGGAGAUAUUGUUUGUAGACAAUAUGAGGAAAUUGAGCAUUGUAAUUCUAUAAAUUGCCUAUUGAUGAUAUAGCGACAUGUUACAUCUGAAGCUAGAGGUACUUGGUUCUGAAGAAA